AUGCCUAUCAUCAGCAGUCGUUCCAUAAUACCAACAAUCUUGCUAUUGACAAUGGUCGCCUCCAGUACCCAUGCCUUUGUUGGUACUACUACUAGUAGUGCACCGACAACAACAACAACAAGAAUGAACAAGAAUCAUGCUCCUUUUCCCUCCUCUCGGAUUGUUGCAUUGUCGUCCUUGUCCACGACUAGCAGGAGUAGCAGCGUUGAAACUGAGGAUACUGCUGGCAACGACAAUAACGAUAAUGAUAGUGACUCUGGUGGUGCUGCCAAGCAACUCUUGGACAAGGCGGCUCAAUUGCGUGCCGAGAUUGCCGCCAUGGAAGGCAAAACGGUCGAACAAGUGACCCAAGAAGCCAAACAAAAAAAGCAAGAUCAGCAAGAUCGUUUGAAGCAACAAGAGGAAGAAAAUGCAGUUCGAAUCAAAGAACGUCAAGCUAGUAGUAGUAGCGCUUCCAGCAAAAGCGAUCAAGGCCGUUCCUUCGUGCCCUUGCCCAAUACGGUGGACGACAUGAUUCGACAAGCGUCUCGAGCCGUCGAACGUGCCUAUCAAGAUGGCAAGACCCGCCAGACGGUUCGAUUUCAUUUGGUGCCCUUUGAAGAGGAUGAUCCCAACGAACGGUUGCAAGAUGUCAGUAACAAUUACAACGUCUUGGAAGAGAAUCAAUGGCCCGGAGGUGCCCAACAAAUGUACCGAGAAGCUGGCAAACCAAUGACGUCGGCCUUGCUACGAGAACUUCGCAUCCUACCCAAAAAGGCUGCAAUGGAUGACAAGGAAGAUGACGCUCCUGCUUCUCCUCAAUGGAGCGCCCCCAAAAUUGUCCAACAAGACAUUUGGGACUUUGACGGAUCCGCCUUGCACACGGCAGAAUCCAGUGCCGGACCUUCGGGUGACAUUCAAGCCUUGGUCUUUGCCAAUACCGAUGUGAAAUACAUUCGAGACAUUGACGAAAUUUCAAAAAACAUUGGCCCGGAUCGAUUGUUCCUCUUGGUGAAUCCCUUUUGGAGGAAUUUGGAUUCCUGGAGUUUCAAUUUGUUGGCCCCCAAGGCCAAGGACAAGGCACAACAGGUUAUUUUCACUGACGACGACAAUGGAAACUAUAGCGAAACAUAUGUCAACAUGAUCUUUCAAGUGCGAGGCGAAAAGUGUAUCGCCAUCAAGGCGUAUCCCUACGAUUGGCAAAUAUUUGCCAUGCGAGAAGAUGACUACUAUCCCAACUCGGAAUAUUCCAUUCGACUGGGUUCUUGCAAGGACGAGCCCACUUCUUCUUUGGUAACCAAGUUGUUGAACGAACGACCCGAAUUCAAGGAAACCAAAACGAUGCGACAGUUCAGGAAACUUUAG